AAAUUACAUAGAUUUUAUUCAACUAAAUACUUAACAGCAAUAGGGUAAAAAGUAAGUAUAUAGACCUUUCAAAGUACUAGGCUACUGUGGUGCAAUCAAUAGGAUGAAUGAGAUGAAGUUGGUCAGAUUUGCUGCUUUUUAAGAGUUAUAAAUUCAGAAUAUUAGAUCCUGAUACCAGAAAUUGGCAAGUCUAGUGGAUAAAUGAGGUUGUGUCCUGUUGUUUUUCAAUUGCCCUUAUUAUCAAUAAAAUCUGCCUUAGUACUUGAAAUACAACUUACAGCUAAGAAAAGGCUAUGCAUGCAUCCUGAAAACUCACCUGUAUAUAACUGUAAUUGUAGAGAAUUCUUAAAUUCAUGGUGGAUUGCCAUUAAGACCUAAGACCAUGGACUCACGUACUAUUAUAGAUACGAAUUUGUAGUUGGGCUAAAACCACUGUUUCAAAGUAGAGGUAAUUUCAGGGUCUUUGAACAUGACAGUGUUUGUGUGCUAGAGCCCAAUGCAGGAGACUUAAACCACCUUCUGUCCAGUGUUCAGUCCAGUGUUUCAUCUUACUUAGUGGUGGUACGGUACAGGUCAGCUUGUACUGACGGUUGCAGUUUGAAUGGAAAGCCUGCUGAGGUCAGGCUUUAGGGUAACUGACUGUCAAGUUCACAUUGGUAGUGCCUGAUUCGGUCACUAUAUUCUAGUAGUAGUGCUCGUGUGCAUGGAAAUGUCAUUGCUAAUGCACCAACGGGUGAUCAGCUUUGAGAACUGGCUCGUGUCACACAAACCUCCAGAAGACAGAAUUCCCAUGUUUGGAUUUAUAGUCACAUUCUGUCCCGGUAGGUACAUCCACAAGGGACACCAGGUCAUAAUCAGAAUGCUGCUGAGUGGGAAGUGAGAUCAAGGAGAGCUAACUGGAUGAUCUGAAUGGCAGAGGCACAAGAGCCAUAGGGCGUCUGAAGCACUUCUCCGGGGGAAGGUGGUAGAUGUACUUCCUUAACGAUUAAGAAUGACCGAGAAGAAAUCACGGCUUUGUUGCAGAGCCAACGUUUAUACUCAAGUGCCUGAUGGAGGAUGGGGCUGGGCAGUAGCCGUGUCUUUUUUCUUCAUUGAAGUCUUUACCUAUGGGGUCAUCAAGUCAUUUGGGGUCUUCUUUAAUGACUUAAUGGACAGUUUUGAUGAAUCUAAUAGCAGGAUCUCAUGGAUAAUAUCCAUAUGUGUGUUUAUCUUAACAUUUACAGCUCCCCUGUCCACUGUCCUGAGCAAUCGUUUUGGACACCGCCUGGUGGUGAUGGCGGGAGGACUGCUUGUUAGCAUAGGAAUGGUGGUGGCCUCCUUUUCUCGUGAGGUUUACCACAUGUACAUUGCAAUUGGCGUCAUCUCUGGUUUGGGAUACUGCUUUAGUUUUCUCCCAACUGUCACCAUUCUAUCACAGUACUUUGACAAAAGACGCUCUGUGGUCACUGCAGUUGCUUCUACGGGAGAAUGUUUUGCUAUGUUUGCUUUUGCACCAGCAUUCACAGCUCUGAAGGAGAACAUUGGCUGGAGAUACAGCCUCUUCCUCAUGGGCCUACUACAGUUAAACAUUGUCGCCUGCGGGGCACUGCUAAGACCAAUUAUAAUCAGAGGACCAGGGUCACCGAAACUAACUGGCCACGAAAAUCUGAAAGAAGUACAAUAUAUGCUUGAAAAUGAGAAAACGCGCACCUCAAUAGAUUCCAUUGACUCAGGAGUAGAACUAACUACCUCACCUAAAAAUGUGCCUAGUCAUGCCAACAUGGAACUGGAGCCGAAGGCUGACGUGCAACAACAAAUCCUGGAGAGGACCCCCUCCGAGCAAAAGGAUCAGAAAGUCCCAUUACUGGACUUCUCCAUCUUGAAAGACAAAAGUUUCAUUUGUUACGCAUUAUUUGGUCUCUUUGCAACAUUGGGAUUCUUUGCACCCUCCUUGUACCUCAUUCCCUUGGCCAUCAGUCUGGGCAUUGAAAAGGACCGCGCUGCUUUUCUAUUAUCUACACUGGCAAUUGCUGAAGUUUUUGGAAGAAUCGGAGCUGGCAUGGUCCUCAACAGACAGCCCAUUCGUAAGAUCUACAUCGAGCUCAUCUGCGUCAUCUUAUUGACUGUGUCUCUGUUUGCCUUUCCUUUUGCUACCGAAUUCUGGGGUCUAACAUCCUGUAGCAUAUUUUUUGGUGUUAUGGUUGGAACAGUAGGAGGCACCCACAUUCCGCUGCUCUCUGAAGAUGAUGUCGUGGGAAUUGAGAAGAUGCCUUCUGCUGCUGGAGUCUACGUCUUCAUUCAGAGCAUAGCAGCACUGGGGGGACCACCCCUUGCAGGCCUGCUGGUGGACCAAAGCAAGAUCUACAGCAGAGCCUUCUACUCCUGUGCAGCUGGUAUGUGCGUAGCUGCUGUGUGCCUCGCACUCGUGAGACCCUGUAAAAAGGGACUGUGCCAGAGUCAUCAUGCGGGUGAAGCAAAGGCAGAGAGUUACCGUGGGAGAGCUUUACAAGACAUACCUGAAGACUUUCUGGAAAUGGACCUUGGGAAAAAUGAGCACAGAGUUCCUAUGAAAGCGGAGCCAGUAUGACAGGUGUCCGUCCGUUCCUGUCACAUCAGCCACCCUGCUGGCUGGUUGGGAGGGUUGGGGCCUGGGGGACACAGUGGUACAGAGGAGCUGACCGCUCCACUCACUUUCAAAAGGACGUUUUGAAGGAAACGAGUAAGUAACCACCACUACCAACAUCCUUUUCUUUCGUCUUAAGUUCUCCUUUUUGCUUGUUUUUUCAGCCAAAACAAAAACAACCCAACACUCUUCCAUAUAUAAAUCUGGCUGUAUUCAGUCUGAAAACAAAGAUACAGGACUAUGGUUCACAUUCCAAUGUUAAAAUAGUGCAGUGAAUUGGCAAGGUGAUUUUAAGAGCUCUCACAUGUGAUAAACUGCUAUCUUGUAAAACAACAUCUACCCCAGGUCACUGAAAUGUAACUGGCCAUUCAAAAAAAUCUUAAAUCAUUUCUAAGUUUUUCAGAAAUAUGACCAAAUUGUAUGAAAUCCUUUGAAAAAUGCUGAGGUUUACAUUAAAAAAUUAUAGCCUCUUAAUUUCCAAAUAUUGAAUGGAAAUGAAAUAUACUUUAAGACCAAACACUUGGCUAAUAAAUGGAGAUAUAUAUAUAUAUAUAUACA